GUGAACGUUUUGUACCGGACACACAUGAGAGUGGCUAUAAAAUCACAAUGCGUUUGACCAUAAAUGAUGUUGACGCACAGGACUUUGGGUCAUAUCGGUGUGUUGCCAAAAAUUCAUUGGGCGAUACGGAUGGUGCAAUUAAACUUUAUCACAUUCCACAAACCACAACUGUGACAACGUUAGCCCCUACGGUUUCAACGAAUACGGUACCAAUGCUGGUAACCAAAUACCACAAAGAACAACGUUAUAACUAUCAACAAAAUAAUAACAAUAAUAAGAAUGGCAACAACAAUAACAACAACUACAAUCAUAAAUUGCAAAGAACAAAAUCAAAAAUGGAUUUACCGCAACAGAAUGGCAACAACAAUAACAACAACAUGUACCUGGGUGGAGGUUCCUCGGCCACCUUGUGGAAUACUCAACAGCAGCAGCAUCAGCAUGAUCGCUACGUUGUCAGGGGCGAACAGUAUUUGGGUAAGUAG